AUGUGUGGAUUAUUUCAGCCAACAUGUCAAGUUCGCUUCACGAAUGUAGCUAUAGUGAGACUUAAGGUCAAGGGCGAACGUUUUGAGAUAGCCUGUUACAAAAAUAAAGUCUUUAACUGGAAAUCUGGAAUCGAAAAUGAUAUUGAAGAAGUUCUUCAAUCGCCAUAUAUAUUUACAAAUAUAUCGAAAGGUAAACUUGCAAAUAACAAACAGUUGUUAACCGCUUUCAACACCACUGACAUAAAUGUAAUAAUAAAACAAAUAUUAGAUAAAGGAGAGUAUCAAGUAAGUAAAGAAGAGCGAGAACAGUUGUUAAAAUCGAUUUUUAAUGAUAUUAUAACAAUUUUACACGAAAUAACAAUCAACCCUCAAACCGGAAACUCACUGAGUAGAACAAUGCUAGAGAAUGCUCUAAAAUCAAGUGGUUUUAGCAUUUCCUUGAAUAAGUCAACUAAAAUACAAAGCUUGAAGGCACUGCAAACACUGCAGCAAAAGUAUCCAAAUCUAAUUCAGCGGUGUAAAAUGAAGUUAAAAUUAAAUUUUCAGUCUUCCCAGUACUACCAAGUCCUAUCGUUCAUUAACAAUCACAAUGCCAGUAACCACCUAACUGACUCCUCAGAAAAUUUCUCCGCAAGUUCAGAAAGUAGUAGUCCACAACAAAGGGGAGGCGAGUCCGCUGAUGAUAUAAUAAUUGAGAGCAAAAACAAUGACAGUAUGACAGUGAUUUGUUUCCCAAAUUUAUACAAAAACUUGGAAAACUUUAUUCAAAACGAGCUGGAUCCCCCAGGAAACAUACAGUUGGUCACACUCAACAUUAAGCAAAACGUUAAUAACGCUAAUUUACAGAGAAAUCUGAGUUCUGAGAACUCUUUCGAAAACACAAACCCAUUCGCAGAAGCCUCACCAGACACUCUUACAAAAUUACAAAUGAUUAAUAUGGAACAAGAUAAAACUGAACUUGUCACUGGGGAGUCUAAGGAUAGUAACUUCACUGUUCCUGAAUCAUCUAAGGGGAACAAAUCAAUUUCAAAUGGUGACGAAAAAUUCAAGUGUAAGAAAUGCAACGUGGUACUCACCAGCGGUGAGUAUAAAUCCCAUUUUAAGUCAAACUAUCACAUAUUUAACUUAAAAAGACUCCUGAACAACCAGACUCCGAUAACGUUGGACGAAUACAAUAUGUUAGUAGACAACUAA